AUGGAUAAAAUCAACCACACAAAGGACCUUUUGCCUACUCCAGGAAACUCACCUGGGCCUUCACGGUCACGUGCGCAGCGCCAAACCCCCGGCCCGAUCUCAACGCGAUUCAACUACGAUGUUGAAGGAUUUCUGGGUGGACCUAAUAUAACUGUCAAAGAAGACAAUGGUUAUCUACGGCCCAUCAAUGAGAACGACUUUAGGAGAAGCCCGAGCAGUGAUGCAUCUACUGUGCACAAAGUUGAAGACCUUGGUUUCAGUGCAGCCGCCGCGACGUUCGACUUCGAAUCGAUAAAGAAAGAUGGCCUCUGCGCCCUUCAACGGCUUCGUGAAGAGCGUGAGGCCCAUUUUAACACUUCAAAUUCACCGAAGACCGCACGGUUUGAGUCAACACUUAGAAAAAGGUUUGAGGAGAGCUUGGAGGUCAGCAAACCAGCCGCGGGCGAAUACCUGCCGCUCGAUAUGUUUAGAAACAUAUUCAACCCUGCAUCCAUAAUGCUACUUUUAGAUGAGAGGUUCCCGUCUCCUUCGAAACAUGAGUUGAUGAAAAGGUUCCAAAAUAUCAUCAGUCAAGACGCAAAGAAGACUCGAACGCGAAUUCUGGGCGUCCUUGUAGCUAUGGAGGGUCUUGAUCAUCUCGAGGAGUUCGUCACGGAAGAUAUCUGGGAUAAAGACCUGCCGUUCAAGCAAUCAAGGGAGUCUACUCCGAAUUCCAAGUCCAGUAUACUGGACGGAUGGAACCGAAACGAUCGCGUGCUAUUCUAUGAGUACCAGAGGGUCUUCUUUGUUCCUUUUUUCGAUAUUCACGAGAAAGGACUUUGCUCUUAUGAGCUUGAUCGCGAGACAAGACUACCCUGGGUCUCUAUAGAGCCAAAGUCAACUGGCGGCACAGGAUUAGUUUAUCAAGUUGAGAUCCACCCUAGUCAUCACAACUUCUCUAAAUCAGGGUCUACCGACAACCCAAAAUUUGCGCUGAAGGAGAUUGAUGCAUCCGAGCAGCGUGCAUAUAGGAAAGAGCUCCACGCGCUUGAAAAGACAUGUGCACAUGCACAAACGGAAAACCAUUUGAUUAAACUUCUGCUUACUUUCCAACAUGGUAAUACGUUUUAUCUGCUCUUUGAGUGGGCAAAUGGGAAUCUUCAACAAUUUUGGGACACAAAUCCAUACAUUCAACGUACUCCUUCAAAUGAGUUAUGGGCAGCUCAGCAAUGCCUUGGCCUGGCCAGAGCAGUCAGUCGGAUCCACGGGCUCAGUUCAUGGCAUGAGGUGAGGAGAAAAAAGAAUGGGCUAAAUUCCAUCGGAUCUCAGUAUGAAGACAAAUCUGAAUGGGGAAGGCAUGGAGACAUCAAGCCUGAGAACAUACUGUGGUUCGAACAACACGGGACUUGCCGGAGACACCUAGUGAUUUCCGACCUAGGGCUUGCGCGAUACCACACCGAAUUCUCAAAAUCACUGGUUCCUCGAGCAAUGAUUGAUGGUAUAACGUGGGGCUACCGGGCCCCUGAGGUAGAUUUCAGGGAACCGAUAUCCUCAAAGUACGAUAUUUUCUCACUGGGUUGCGUAUUUCUCGAGUUCUGCAUUUGGUAUUUGCGAGGGGCGCAGGACGUGGGGAUCUUUGGUCUCGAACGAGAGGAUCAAGAUGAGCCUGAAUUUGAUGAUGUGAGAAAAGAUCAAUUCUUUUGUAUGAAAGGCGACGGCAACACCAUCAAGGAUGCAUGUUUGAAGGAAUGCGUACAAAAGCGAUUGUCACAACUGAAAGAAGGGACAAAUUUUACAAGGGGACUAGCUAGUGUGAUUGAGGACAGAAUGCUGCGCUGCAAUCCAUCCGAACGAUCGAAAAUUGAUCUCAUCCGCGUCGAUCUCCAGCACCUUGUUGAUACACUGAAAAAUUCACCUAUUGACGAGCAAAAUUCGCAGGACUUUGCUCAAUUGUCUGCCAAUCCAGGUCUAUCGACGCUGUUGGAUACUAAAAACACAUUACGAAAAUUUCCUUCUCAUUUGACACUUGACAGCCACGAAGAGACUUCGUCCAUGGAAGGACACGAUACCAGUGGGGCCAGAUCGUCCAGAUCUGAGCAAGCACUGCUCGAGAACAAUGGGCAUGAUGACAGCCACAGCGACUACGAUGAUAUGCCUAUCGAGCCUAUGACCGACGCUGCGGAGCCAGCUGCAAGAAGCAAGUUGUUACAGGCGGAGGUUCAGGAAGUAUCGGGAGUCCAAACAUCACACUCAAUGGCCGAGCCGCAGACCACAAAGGAAUCUGCAGAACAUCCGACUACACAAAAUCAUUCGAUUGGUUUCGGAGAUGGAAAAGUUGAAGCAAACCGGCGAUCAACAACGACAAGGUUCAGGCAUGCCAGGACCAGGUCAAAGCAAUGGGUCCGAGACACUUGGAGCGAUGUCAAGGGUGUUUGGAAGUGAAAGUGGUGUGAUUACUAUCGUUCUGAACUGAUCUGGACCGUUUAAUAAUAUCCUUUCAGGCGUGAGUAUGUGGUUUCUCGAAUUGCAGCCUGAAUUGUAAUGAAUGUCUUCGGGUUUCGAACACAUGAUUUUGUAGAGACAGCUCUCAAUGCACACGGAGUAAUUAAGUGAAG